AUGGCUGAAAGUGGAAUUACUGGGUCAUAUGAAUGCUCUGCUGAUAUACCAGGUACAAUGGAGGCAAUAUAUAUACUCUUGAUUACUGGCGAGUUGAUAAUAGGAAUUUGGAGAAAUUGAUUCAUUGUACUGGAAAACUGCAGUGGCUGGCUCAAAAAGAGAGCUGUCUCCUUGACUGACGCCAUCCUGGUCAGCCUGGCCACCUCCAGAACCUGUUUGUUGUGUGUGAUAUAUAUGGAUGGUAUUAUUAUGGUACUCUUCCCAGAUACAUACGGGCAUGGUGAGAUGAUGAACAUUUUGGAUAUUUUCUGGACAACUUGCAACCAUUCAACUAUCUGGUUUACUUCGUGGCUCCACAUCUUCUAUUUACUCAAGAUAGCCAGUAUAUCCCACCCAGUUUUCCUCUGGCUGAAGCUUAAGAUGAACAGGGUCUCCUUGGGAUUUUCCGAUGUCCUUAUCUCCUCAAUUAUUAGUGUUUCACUGACUAAUGUUUCAUUUUAUGACUUCAGAAUCAAUAAUGAAGAAAACAUUACUUGGGAAUUCAAAGUAAGUAAAAUUCCAACUGUUUUCAAAUAGAUUAUUCUGAACCUGGGUGGGUCUACUGUGGGUCCCUUUAUUCUUUGCCUGCUCUCAUUUGUCCUUUUAUUUUUCUCCUUACUUCAACACACCAAGCAGAUGACACUUAAGUCCACAGGGUCCAGAGACCCUAGCAUAGAGGCCCACAUGAGGGCCAUAAAGACAAUAGUCAUCCUUCUGGCUCUUUUCAUUAUGUACUAUGCACUUUUUCUCAUUGUAACCUCUAGCUUUCUGAUUCCUCAUGGAAAAUUGGAGGUGAUAUUUGGUGGCCUAAGAGCUGUCAUUGUCCCACUGAGCCAUUCGUUCAUCCUGCUUAUGGGAAACAGCAAGCUGAGGAAGGCUUUUCUGAAGGUGCUGGGGAUUGUAAAGGCUUUCCACAAAAUAAGGAAAUAUUUUGUUUCCCAGAGAAUCCUGAUUUAA